AAAACCAAAAACGAAAGUGUAAGGAACCAUCUCAUCAACCUCGACUUACAACUUACAACACAUUCCUUUUUUUUCUCUUCUUUCUUUUCUGCAUGCCAAAACCGAACUAGAAUUUUCGGUGUUGAGAUAAUAUAAUCCUUUUCCAUACACUAACUAUAUCCGAUGAAUACUUUUACGUCGUCAUCGUCGCAGUCGCCAAGGUCAAAAAAGAAGCAAACUAAGCCCGCGGCGCAGCCGCAAGAGCAGCAGCAACACGAGACAGCAUGGGGAGGAAGGUACCUCGGGGUGAGGAGGAGGCCAUGGGGGAGGUAUGCGGCGGAGAUUCGCGACCCUUCCACUAAGGAAAGGCAUUGGUUGGGCACGUUUGACACUGCAGAAGAAGCUGCCCUGGCAUAUGACAGGGCAGCUCGCACCAUGCGUGGCUCACGUGCCCGAACCAACUUCGUCUACCCGGACACUCCUCCAGGCCUAUCCGUCACCCCAAUCUUGUCACCCGACCAACUCCAUCCCCAAACUUAUAACCACCACAACCAUGUCCAUGACUUGUCCUCAAUCUUCACCUCUAACUCCACUUCCACUCAUCAACAGCUCGACUCAGAUCCAACUCUAGACCCAGUUACGUUGUUGGUUGGCGCCAACAACAAUUGGAGCUAUAAUAAUACCUACGGCUAUAGCGGUGGCGAUCACCAAAACAGUAGCAACGACGGUUACUACAACGGUACUAGCUAUGCCGACCAAGGUUGUCCGAAUUUGGGGCACGUUUUUGUUGAAGAGGGUGGAACUAGCAAUAGUAGUGCUUCCACAGUUGAGCUACCUCCAUUGCCACCUGAUAUCACAAGCUCCAUUGGUUAUAAUAAUAUGGAUAAUCAUGAUCAUGGUUUUGAUUAUUAUCACAAUAUGACUACUGGGGAUUAUGUUCAAAGUCCAAUGUUCAAUGCAAUGCCAACGGUUUCGGAGAAUGUGGCUGGAGCUGAGGGUUUUGAAUUGGGGGGCUCCUCUUAUUUCUUCUGAUCAUCUUGAUAAGUUAAAUAAUAUUAUUGUUGUUGUUACAUUAUUAAGUCAAGGGUCCUGUAUGUGUUAGUGCAUUAUGUAGAUGCUAGUUUUUUAAUUUAUGCCGUUAAUUAUUGUAAUGUUUGUGUGUGAAAGAGAGAGGGUACUAUAUUGGUUUGUUGUUGUUCUCGGAGAAAGACAUUUUCUUGUGUUUUUCAUCCGUGUCGUUGAAUUGUGUG